AUGGGAUUUCUGGCUUUGAUUGUUGGAAUUAUCACAGCGGUCUCAGCGGUAAAGUACCAUACCUUUGGGUUUGAUGGGAGCCUGGCGUUUUUUGAUGAAUUCUUGACUGAGGUUUUUAAAACUUAUACAGGAGCAGAAAAUGUAGAUCUCUAUAAGUGUAUGCAUCCAGAUUUCCUUCAAAAAUUUGAGGACAAUUUAGUUACAAUUGAUCAAAAAAUCAAAGAUCUGAACCUUUUUGAUGCAGCCUUAACAGCUUAUGUGCUGGUAGAUGAUAUAGUCAGGUUUUCAAAUAUCUGUGAUGCUGGGUUUAAUAUUCCUACACAUAUUAUAGCUGACAAUGCUAUUCAAAUAGGAUUUUACGUCAAUAUUGCUACUAACUCCUUAUAAAAAAGUAAAAAAAAUCAUUAAAUAUUUAUAUAAAAAUAAAUUUUCCGUAAAAAUUCUUAAAUUGCUGUUUAUGAUAUAAAUUAGAGUAAGAGCGAAGAAAUUCAAGGGAUUAUAAAAGAAUGCUAUGGCAACUUAAUGAUGGGCUUUUUUAAAGGUGCAGGAAAAAACAUAGGGCAAUUAAUGAAAAUUCUUUUCCCCUUACUCCCCCCUUAAAUUGGAACAAAAAUCCUGUUCAAUUUUAAAGAGGGUUUAAAUUUUUCUCUGAAAAAUAUAAAUUGAGCACAACUUUAAUCAUUUUUAUGUAUCACAUAAGUGAGAAAACUGCUUAAAUAUAAUUCUAUAAAUAAAACGGUAUUCGGUUCGAGAGAAAUUAGCUCUAAUAAUUUUCUCUUCCUCAUGGCAUUUUAUUUAUGGGGUUAGGUUUUGUCUCGAGAACUUCUGCACAGCAAUAGCUGUUUAACUUUGGGGAUAACCAAAGGAACAGCUCCUCAGUGCGUUCAAGAUUUCGGAGUUUUACCCCUCAGCACAUCCCCACGGGAGACCCUUAGGCGGAACACGCGCAGGAGCUGAGUCAAGACAGAGCGACGGCAACGCGCCGGGUGAGAUGUACGGCGGCUGGAGGCGAAGCGUCGAUAGAAGGCUUGGCCGGUUGGGCUGACCACCGCGAUUCCAAGAUGGUUCCGUGACGUCACCAGUUUAGCUAAAAGGUUCAUUUUUUGGGUCUGCGGCACUAGACACCUUAAACACCGAAUAAUUAAGUUGACCUAAUUUUAAGAAAAAAGUGCAAGUAGAAUUAUAUUUAAGCUUAACUUAAAAGAAAAAUUUAUUGAGUGAAAAAGAAUUAAAACAAAUAGAAAAGGAUAUUGAUAAAACAAUUUAUAAAAAUAAGCAUUUUUAUAAUAAAUUAUUUUUUAAAAAUUUCUCAAAAAAACGCGCCUAAGGCUUUUUGAGCAUCAGUAAGCUUGGCUUACUGGCUGCAAAAAGUCUGCUAUUCAUCUGAAAAAUAGCAGACUGAUUGCGGCCAGUAAACUAGUUUAUGGUGCAUAAAAAGGUCCACAGGCAAUAUAAAUUGAGCAAUCUAAUUUGAAUUUUAAUUUAUUUUUAUGAAGAAUUUAAUCAACCUAAUGCGAAACUGUUUCAAUAAUGCUCUAUAUGUAUUUUGUCUCAAAAACUAAUUUAUAAAAUUAAUAUUACCACCGAUAAAAUUUUUCAUAUUGAAAAAAAAACUGUGCUCCAAUUCAAAGGGGUUUAAAGUAACCCAAAAAUGCAAAUUUUAUCUAAUUUAAAUGGAUGGGAGAGUUAGAAACACAACAUUCUAUUUCGAAUGACCACUAUUUCAAUGUGAUAAGUGAACUUUUCAAUGAAAUUGCAGACCAAUCUGCAAUUACUAAAUGCUCAGAAAGGAUUACCAGCAUUAUUAGUGCUGCAAGCAACAUUAUUUCAAAAGCGUCUCAAUUAUCAAGUGGAAAUCUAAUGGCAAUUUCAAGUCUCAUUUUUGAAAUAAAACCAUUAAUUAGCAAUAUACAAAGCUUAAGUGAAGUUUGCCAAUUAAGUGCUGCUACAGAUAAACUCAUCAGUGUUUUGGCAGAUGAAGGAAUUAAAUAUUCUAUUUACAUAAAAAUAGGGUUUUUUUGAGUAAAUUUAUAUAAAAAUAUAACUUUUCAUCUGUUGUGAAUAAGUAUACUCCAUUUUUAGAUAUUAUUUGAAUAAAGAAAAAAUCACUGAAAUUGCUAAAUCCACCCCCUCUGAUCAAAACAAUUGAAAAAUCACUAUUUUUGAGUAAAAAAAACCGCCCUCUUAAAGCAAACAAAAUAUUUUUAGAAAAAUUAUUAUAAUGAAAAAUUAGCUAACUCUGUUGAAAUUUUAAAAAAGAUAUAAAUUUUACAAAUUUUACAAAUUUUCCUUUCCAUUUUUUGAAUUUGGAUUGUUUUUAAAUUCUGAAAAAAAAUUUACAAUCACAACUUUAUUUUGUUAAAUCAUGGAGGGGAGAAUAAUGGAUUUAUAAAUGGAGAAAAAAGUCCAGAAGAAACUGGGAAAUUGUUAGGGCAAAUUAUUAAUAUUAUUUUUGGAUGGAAUACUGAAAAACCUGAAAAAGUUAGCGAUGAUAUAUAUAAUAAAGUUAUGCAUAAUGCACUUAUGCAAGAAGGAGAAAAAUGCCCAGAAAUUGUGAAUAAAGCCUUAGAAAAUAUACAAAAGGUAAAAAAGGAAUAUACCGAAAAAGCGACAUUAUUAAGGAAAUUUUACAAUAAGAGUAAAUCCAAAUUAAUCAAGCACUUCAAGACUUGUGGAAUUAAAACACUAUUAACGGCUUUUCCAUUUAAAUUAAGUGAGCUAGAAGAUAUACUUAAAAAAGACCAUAAGACCACAAUAUACGGAAGAGAGGAUCUUUAA